AUGAUGGACGACAACAAGCAGCUGGCGCUGCGCAUCGACGGGGCGCUGCAGGCGGCGGGCCAGGAGGUGACGGCGCUGCGGGCUGAACUGGCCGCCACUGGUCGGCGACUGGCGGAACUGGCAGGAGGUGGACUUGGCCCUGGCUCUGGUCCUGGAGCAGCUCUCAGUGCCAGGGCUGCAGCACGCACCUCAGCUGAUGGUGCAAUAAUGACUGGAUCCAGCCACCAGGAGGGAAGUGGUGCACUGCUGCGGGAGGAGGUGGCCCAGCUGCAGGAGGAGGUUCACCUGCUCCGGCAAAUGAAGGAAAUGCUGACGAAGGACCUGGAGGAGACCCACGGCAGCAAGUCCCCAGAGGUCCUCUCGGCCACCGAGCUGAAGGUGCAGCUGGCGCAGAAGGAGCAGGAGCUGGCACGUGCCAAGGAGGCUCUGCAGGCCAUGAAAGCCGACCGCAAGCGCUUGAAGGUGGAGAAGACAGACCUGGUGAGCCAGAUGCAGCAGCUCUACGCCACCUUGGAGAGCCGUGAGGAGCAGCUCCGAGACUUCAUCAGGAACUAUGAGCAGCACAGGAAAGAGAGCGAGGACGCAGUGAAAGCCCUGGCGAAGGAGAAGGACCUCCUGGAGCGGGAGAAGUGGGAGCUGCGGCGGCAAGCCAAGGAGGCCACAGACCACGCCAGUGCCCUCCGCUCCCAGCUGGACCUGAAAGACAACCGCAUGAAGGAGCUGGAGGCUGAGCUGGCCAUGGCCAAGCAGUCCCUUGCAACGCUGACCAAGGACGUCCCCAAGCGCCAUUCCUUGGCCAUGCCGGGCGAGACGGUGCUGAACGGCAACCAGGAGUGGGUGAUGCAAGCUGACCUCCCGCUGACCGCUGCCAUCCGGCAGAGCCAGCAGACCCUCUACCACUCCCACCCCCAGCACUCGGCGGACCGGCAAGCUGUCAGGGUGAGUCCCUGCCAUUCCCGGCAGCCCUCCAUCAUCUCCGACGCUUCGGCGGCCGAGGGCGACCGAUCCUCCACGCCGAGCGACAUCAACUCCCCGCGGCAUCGAACGCACUCCCUCUGCAACGGGGACAGUCCUGGACCGGUACAGAAGAACUUGCACAACCCAAUUGUACAGUCUCUAGAAGACCUGGAAGACCAAAAAAGGAAAAAGAAGAAAGAGAAGAUGGGCUUUGGCUCCAUCUCCAGGGUGUUUGCCCGGGGCAAGCAGCGCAAAUCCCUCGACCCCGGCCUCUUCGACGGUACGGCCCCGGACUACUACAUCGAGGAGGACGCGGACUGGUGA